UUGUUCAUAAGAGAAAGAGGGUUUUAUCAAAGAAGAAAUUGUAGCUUUGAAUGCAGGACGGAGUCUGUUGAUGUGCUCUCUUCUCAUCCCUCAAAGAACUACUAGGCAUCCCUGUGCUUCGUAAAUCACCCAGAAACCAAAGAAAAGGCAACAAGAAUGGAUUUUUACGGACACCCCUCUCGUUCUUCGACUUCUUCAUUUAAUUUGUUCAGGAAUUUCAUUGAAAAGGUUAAAGAUUCUUGCAGUUUCGCCAUUUCUGCCAUCGUUGGGAACGUCUUCUCUGCCAUCUUAACUACCUUCUUUGCGUUAGUGGGGACCUUGUUAGGGGCCUUGACGGGGGCUUUAAUAGGACAGGAGACGGAGAGUGGGUUCGUCAGAGGGGCUGCGGUUGGGGCUAUCUCCGGUGCGGUUUUCUCGAUCGAAGUCUUCGAAUCUUCUCUUCUCCUUUGGCAAUCCGAUGAGUCCGGGAUCCGAUGUUUGCUUUACUUGAUUGAUGUGAUCGCAAGCCUUCUAAGCGGGAGGCUUGUUCGAGAACGAAUCGGUCCGGCCAUGCUGAGUGCAGUCCAAAGUCAGAUGGGUGCCGCCGAACCAGAAAUAAUGUACGAGGAGGUCCAGAACAUCUUCGACACCGGUGGUGCUAAAGGAUUGGCUAGGCAUGUGGUUGAAAGAAUCCCAAAGAUGAUAAUCACAGAUAAUAACAAUCAAGAUACUUCUGGGGAGAAAGUUUCAUGCUCAGUUUGUCUUCAGGACUUUCAGCCCGGAGAGACGGUGAGGAGCUUGCCGCAGUGUCAUCACAUGUUCCACUUGCCGUGUAUAGAUAAGUGGCUUCUUAGUCAUGCUUCUUGCCCAUUGUGCAGAAGGGAUAUGUGAUGUUAUUUAAUGUAAACUACACGAUCAGUUGUUUAUAUUUUAUAUAUUUUUUAUACCAUUCUUACAUAAUUAAUGGCUUGUGUAUUUUGUUUUGGUUCAUCAAAUUCAAAUGCUUUGCCAACUAUUGUUUCUCCU